AGAUAAUUUCGCAGGACGCACGUGUGACUACACUCCUACCAACAUUGAGCUCCCGUACUUGCCUCCCAAUACCACAGCAAAGCUUUCAGCCUCUUGAUGCUGGAAUUAUUCAAAAUUUCAAAGUGCACUUCAAGAAUUUGCAGUACGAAAGAAUUCACCGCCAAAUCUUGGCAAGAAAAUAACUCUGAAAACGUGGCCAAUGAUAGCAACCUCUUUCGUAUUGACAUUUUGACGGCAAUGCGAUGGUCGAAGCUUUCUUGGGGCCAGGUCAGACAAGAGACCAUUAGCAAUGCCUUCAAGGUUAUCUUGGGGCCAGCUACGAGGGUGGAACCUGUAGAAAACUUGCCUGAGGUUGAAGCCUUGAGGCCGAACAUUUCAGAGAUGUACGGAUUCGAUGCAGCCACUAUUUCUCUCGAUAUCAAUUUUUCUGAAGAAGGAGAACCGCCUCCCUAAGACCAACCCAGUCCAAACAACCCAUGAUGAAAAGUCUGAGCCCGAAAUCGAUAUUCCACAACCUCCAAGAUGUCUCCGCGCGAGGUACUUCGCCACCUGCAAGUUG